AUGCACCAUGUGCUUCGCAAACUGUACCCAACAUAUUUUCAGCACUUCAGCUUGCCAGAGGAAACGCAGGAUCAGAAACCGUUAGAAGCAUGUGCCGCAUACAGUAGCUAUUUGAACACCCACACGAAGAACCACCGCCAAGAGAUUCUUGCAGCUGGUAAGAGCAGGCUGCUGUUGCAAUUGCACGAGCAGGAGGCUGCAUUUGAGAACGACUUGCGAUGGGUGAAGAAAGUCUUGGGCGCCUAUGAUUUUCACAGGCGAUGCGCUGAUCGACAGAAUGGUAAUUUGGAACGAGGCAUCGGUGCACUGCAGCAGCCACAAAUUUUGCUGUGGCUGGACUGGAAACAGAAUGUGACGCUUCCUAUCCAACAUGUUGCUACUGGGGAUUCCUUUUGGGCGCAAGCAAGGGCUGAAUGCUCCGUUCUCGGAGUUGUGCUGUUCCUUCCACACCUUGACGGCAGUCUGGUGAAGAGAGGUGUGGUGCUUGUCAGUGAGUGCAUAGAGCAUACAGCCAUAGCUGCUGGUGUUCAAUCCAACAUUGUGCGAGAGAUGCUCGGUAACAAGGCCCAAGGUUCUCACUUGAAAGUGUGGGCAGACUGCGGUCCACACUACAGAAACGCUGACUUUAUCAGCUAUUUUGGUUUCGAGUGGGUGCUCAAGCUUGAUUGCCGUGUCGCACUGUCUUACUUUACAGAGAAGCAUGGCAAGGGUGCUGUCGACAGCUUGUUCUCAACAGUGAACCAAUGGUGUGGACGAUUUGCUAGGAAAGAAGGCACAAGCAUUGAAUCAGUGCCAGACUUUGUUUCUGCAAUGCAGGAGGAGGCCCGCUUGGAUCAAGCAAAAGACCCCAAGGGCUUGCAGUACACCAUUGUGCACUGGAAAGCACCUUCCAAGCCUGUACAGGCAUGGCGCGGUGUGGCCCCAAAGGGGUUCUACAUCACCAGGACAUAUUGCUUGGAAGGCUCAGCUUACGGACUGCAAAGAGACCAAUUACAUUGGAAGAACCACAAGUUCAGUGAUUUGACCAAGGGUGAAACCAUCCAAUUCCAAUUCUUUAAAGAGCCAAUUGAUGACAGAGAGUGGCGAAAAGGUUUUUUUACGAACCCCAGAUGGAAGAGGCAGUUUCCACAAAGACACAGUCAGUCAGCGAUUUUGGAGCGACAUGCCAUGCUCCAAGACCAUGAUGUGGAGCUCCCUGACAAAGACGACUUGUCCAAUAGGCUUGGUAGAUAUCAACGAGGUUUGCAGAUCAAACGUGCCAGAGCAUGCUCAAUGCCAUCCUUGGUUGGUCUUCAUUCGACAUGCAGAAGAAUAUGUUGUCACACUGCAAAACCAUGA